AUGUCUUCCAUCGAAAAGCGUAGAAUCUUAAUGCUUCAUGGCUAUGGCCAAAGCGCAUAUCUCAUGAGUCGUCUGCUGGCAUCUACGAUCAAGGAGUGCGCGAACGACAACAUUGAAUUCUUGUUCUUGGACGCACCAUGGGUGAUGACACCCGCAGACCCCAGCGGCGCUGUUCCAGUCGAAAACUUAGAAAUUUCUGCGCCAGUCUGUUCAGUUCCAACGGCUUGCCCCCAAGGACCUGGUGUCCCCCGCCGUUGGUUUACUAUUCAUAAUUUCGGAGGAAACACUAUGCCAGGCAUAGAGGCCUCCCUCGAUCUGCUCCGUGAGACUCUCCAAAACAAUAGAUUUGAGGCCAUCUUCGGGUUUAGCCAGGGAGCAGCGAUGGCCGAGCUGAUCGCAGCUAUGUUAGAACGACCGCAUCUCUACCCGACGUUCUGCCCCAACGGUGUCGCGCCUCACCCACCUAUGAAAUAUUUGGUCACGAUUGCAGGUUUCCUACUCAGAGGACCUUUGGCUUCAUGGGGAGGCCGUUCAAAGAAUGUGUACCACCAGGAGACAGGCGCUUUCUGUCUGAGGACCCCCAUCCUCCACGUUUUGGGCAAGGUCGACCUCGUCGUUCCUCGCGAGAGAGCCAACAUUUUCAUGGGUUUCCACGAAUCGAAGAGAGUUGAGGAGCACGUUGGUGGCCACUUCAUACCGACACGACCCAAGUGGCGAAAGUUCUUCGCUGAUUUCCUCCGUGAUCCAUUUGGCGAAAUCGUGUCCCCUACACUCGUCAAGGAAACUGUUAUCGUUACACCGCCACCUUCGGCGCAGCUACCGGAGACGAGGUAUCGUAUGGGGCAGACCCUUCCUCAAGGGUAUGCAUCGGAGGAGGAAGAACGAAGAUCCGGCGCGUCUACUCCUGAUUCCGAGCCGCCUCAAACGCCUACCUUCGAGCCGACCCUGUUACCCCUGCCCUCCGUCAAGGAGGAUGCACGCAUGUGGGAUGUGUAUACUGGACUGGUAUACCAAGGAUAG